AUGAAUUACACCGAGUCUGAAGAACGGCUGGAGACUGAAGUUGUCCUACGAAUGUCGAGACAGCUUCUUGAGGGCAUUGACUUUAUUCACAGUGCUGGUAUUGGGCAUGGAGACAUAAGCAGUAGAAAUAUGGCGUUCAGCUGUAAGAAUCUGUCAACUACCACAAAGGAAGAUCUUUUUCAUGUUCUUGGUGCUCCAGAAUCCGAGCAGUUGACUCGUCUCGAUGGCGACCAGCUCUCCGACAGCUUACCAAAAAUCCUGGUGAAAGCAGCUGAGUGGGCUGAGUGGGUAGAUGAAGAUGAAGAAAUUCGGAUUUUUGACUUCGGAAGAAGUUUUCCUAAAGGAGAGGAGCCUGUCAAACUUGCUCAACCAAGUCCAUUACGUGCGCCAGAGACAAUUUUUGAAAAAUCCUUUGACUAUAAGAUUGACCUAUGGCAUGCAGGCUGUACGAUAUAUUCUUUCAUAUUCGGAAUGAUCCCGUUUCAUUACCUGGGUGACGACUACUUGGUGAAACAGAUGAUAGACUUGCUAGGCGAAUUGCCACAGGAAUGGCAAACGCAGUGGGAAUGUAUGAAGAAAGAGUCUAAUAGCGCCUUGGCUUUGAAUGGAGAUUGUCAGCCGACGAAGUUAACGCGGAAAUUUGACGACGAAGUGUACGAUCUGCGACUUAGGGUCCUAUGUUUAGUUACAGAACAGCUGAUGAGAUUUUUGCCAUCUGAACGUACUCCAGCGUCUGCGAUUUUGAGCUUGAUGAGCUCCAACGUCGAGGGUAGUCCUGAGUCUGAAAGUGGUUUUGACUUGACAUGUAUGGCUAUAUACAACGCCUUGGAAAUAUCUAAAACUCCGUCUGUGAAAAGUGGUUCAGGGAAAGGUUCAUUUUCAACAGACUCCAAUUUCUUCAAAGGCGCAGAAUGGACCCCGGAUGGGACAUCAGUAAUAACCACGUCUGCGAAUAAUAGUAUCAGAACAUUCAUCCUACCGCCAGACCUUCUUGAAAAGAGAGAAUCCCCUCUGGAUUUGCAGCCGUAUUCAACAUUUCCUUCCAAAGAGCCAGUAUAUGCCACUGCAAUAUAUCCGUUCUUUAAUCUCCAGGACCCCUCGACUACGUUGAUUUUAUCCUCAGUUCGGGAUCAUCCUAUCAGACUCUCAUCAGCAUUGUCACCUCAAAAUUUGGGUACAUACUCUCUAAUAAAUCCGUCAACUGAAGCCUUUAUCGCACCUCAUUCGAUUCUGUAUCCCUCGCAUCUCGGCGGCUCUCAAUUCAUUACAGGCUCUGAUUCUUUGAUCUGCAUUUUCGAUGUUUCUCGCACCGGAAACGAAGGACCUGUCAGCCGUUUACCUACCAUUCCAAGCAAACGAAAGCAAAUCGUUGGCGGUGGUGUCGGAAUGAAGGGGAUUGUAUCUGCGCUUGCCAUGAACCCUGCCCAGGAUGGAAUACUGGCUGCCGGCACCUUCACGAGAAACAUUGCUCUGUACGGUGCCAGAGGCAGUGGCGAGCUCAUUGGGACAUUCAGCAUCGCCAAAACGGAAGCUGACAGCCAUAUCGGAGGUACAGGGAUCACACAGUUGUUGUGGAGUCCUUGUGGAAGAUAUUUGUAUGUGGUCGAGCGUAAGAGUCGAGGCAUGCUAGUCUACGACAUUCGAGUGACCGGACAGCUACUAGGAUGGCUCGAGGGACGAGAGGCGACGAGCAACCAGCGGAUGAAAACAGACGUGAUUGCCGUAGGUGAUGAUGGUUCACAUGAAGUGUGGGCAGGUGGAACAGAUGGGAUGGUGAGGAUGUGGAAGAAUCCUCAUACCACGAUCGGUGCGCGCCAACCCGAUUAUUCAUACAAGAUUCAUGAUGGUGAGUUUGGAACAUCACAGCUAAUAAAUCCGCAAAAUAAUGAUACCAAAGUGUAG